CAGGAUAUUUGGAUAUUCUGUGCUAAAGGUGUCCCGUCUCCCCCCACUUUACUAUAACUCCUCGUGUGUUUUAUAAUAUUUUGUUUGAAUUGUUGUCAAUUAAUUAAGGUAUGAUAGUAAUUAAUUCGUAGUAGUAUUUUGGAAAUACCGUCCUUAAGUGUCCCGUAUUUCCCCAUUGUACUAUAUGUUGUAUUAAUGAAGUUUGAUCUUCUUAGGUUUAGGAAAUGAAAUUUUGGUUAUAUACCUGGGUGCUUUGCCUGUCUGUUAUUUCAGUAAAAUCGGACUAUCGCGGAGUUACUUUAUCAUGCAAUCCAGAAAGUAUUCGAAUUUCUUUUAGUGACGAGUUUUUGAUUCGUAACAAUAUCGACAUAACUUCAGCAUCACAAUUGCACUUUGAUAAUCACCAACAAAGAGAUUGUGCUUCUGAACGACUCGGACAAGAAUACACCUUAACAUUGUAUCCACCAUACAACACAUGUGGUUCAACAGUACAGCACGACACCGGCGAUUAUGUAUAUUCAAAUUCAGUCGUAUUUACCACUUCGUCAUCAAAGACUUUAGUUAUGAACUUGCAAUGUCAAUAUGAGGAUAGAUACGUCGUAAGUUCAAACGUCGCUUUGACUCCAUAUGUAAGGACCUUAAACUUCAUUACUGGACAAGGCAACCUAAGUAUGCAAAUCAAUCUUUAUCAAAGAAAAGAUUAUCACCCGAAAAGCAAACUUGGACAAAGGCCGUCUGUUUUAGUUGGUGUACCAGUCUAUGUUUCAGUCGAUAUGGAUGAUGUAUUUGGAGAUGACAGUAUCGUGACAUCGUUAAGCAGUUGCUAUGCCACAACCGCCAGCGAAUUUGAAAUCAUGGAAAAUUAUCAUUACUUGAUUACUGGAAAAUGCGCCAGCCCCACGGACCAGACCGUGAAAAUUCUUAGCAACGGAAUGUCAAGAAAAUCUCGUUUUUCAUUUGAAAUGUUCCGCUGGAGAAACAGCGUAGAGUAUAUUUAUCUGCAUUGUGAAGUCAAAGUGUGCAAUAGAACUUCGGAUGUGUGCUCUGGUAGUGGCUCGUUGUGCAAUGGUGUGGCGGGUUGGAACGACCGAAGAAAACGUGACGUCGACUCCAAUGAAAGAGAUUCGGUUGGUAAUACUGGAUAUACUUCGUUGGGGCCAAUUCUUAUGGGGCAACUAAGCACAUCCGGAAAAGCUAAACUCGAAACUACCUUGAAAGAAAUCCCACAAAAUAACAAAUACAUCACUGCUUACAUCUUCGGCUCCUUGGCCGUCGCGUUGGCAAUCAUUGGUAUCGCAUUGGUUGUUGCAUUUGUAACAAAGCAUCGAAUUGCAAAGAACAACAAAGCCUUAAGUAAAGUAUCCACACCGACAUCUAGCAGAUCAAAUUACAGUGAAAAGCAUCUGCCGGGUUUAAUAUGAAGCACCGCUAAACUUCCUGUUUAGAUACUGUUGUUUAAAGUGAACUGGAUGGGUCAAAAUAAUUAUUGUGUAAAUAAUUUUAAUGGUAUUCAGUAUUACAGCAUAAUACAGGUUGAAUAUACUAAGUAUAUAAAUUUGAUUAUAAAAGAUCUGUUUUACUUAAAGUAGAUAUCACUGCCGUGAUUUCAUGUUCGUAUUCUUAAGAACACCGAGUGUAAAAACUACUUUAUACAAUCCAAAAUGUUAAUGCAGUAAUACAAAUAAAGUUAGACAUGUGAAACUAA